CGGCUGAUUGUCGGCAGAUGGCAAGGGGACCACUGCAUACGGGGCAAGGAAGGAGCCUCAGAGGCGAUUGAAAGCUUCUCGUAGCAUGGCCUGGAAAAAGCUGAUUCUUGUCGGACCGAUGGAAGUGAAUGCCUGGACGGCCGGCUCCAAUGGCCUCACCGAGAUGUGCGGGGUGAUUCCCGAGAUUAACGGGGACUUCUACGUCGGAAAUGGCGAUGAGACGCGCCCGGAUGCCGCGACGACCCAUGCACCCGCGGCCACCCACGGAAAACGGAGAUGGAUGGGAGGUGUCGCUCCCAGCAAGCUACAUGAUUCAAGGAUUGGAUACCGAGUGGAGAGCCGUGACCCUGGGAAGAGGCCAGGCGUUCAUGAUGGUGGAAUGUUUGUGGGAUGUAGGUCCCUCAAAGGCGAGAUCCUCGGGCCCAGGGGGGAGCGUGUUAAUUGGAACUCGCCAGGAGGGAUGAGGCGAGCCGUCAUUCUCCUGAAUAACUUAGAGAUAGCUGCCGUAGAAGCAGAACCGAUAGCCGAGAUUGUCUGGGACCAGCCAAGGGGACGGGGACCACAGACCAAUUUUAUCCUAGAAGGCAAUGGCCAGGAUAGGGUAAAAAUUACCACUUGUCGGACCAGGGCGGAAAAGAAGUUCAUCCAAGAUACAGUACUGGAGGAACUCGCAGGGACUAGCACGGGCCAGCAAGAGACCGAAGUCAGGGAUCAAGAGAAGGUCUAUGGGAAGUCGAGGGAGGAGGAACUAGUAGACAAGGCUACGGUGGCGAAAAAGAAGUUCAGGUAUCAAAUUCCGAUCUGGACUUCGCCAGAAAUCGAUGGCACCUUGAGUAAGCUACAGGGUACCAUGGUAUCGGUGUCUUUUCAGACCAUGCUGCAAGCCAGCCCAAGGCUGCUUAAAGGACUCAGGCAGUUGCUAACGCAUAAGCGCGUAGAGGUAGAGGAGGCCCCGGAACUGCAAGAGCAGGACACGGAGGAGGCCAAUGCGCCGCAAGGAGUCUCCAACCUCCAAAGCAUUCCAGGGGCCCAGGGAGAGUUAGAGAAAGCCUUUGCGGAUAUCCGCCUAAGCCUACCGGAUCGUGAAGGCAGCGAAGUCAUGAGGGCGCCACCCGGGACAAAGCUUAGCUUUCAUGCAUUACCAGUUGGGAAACUUAAAGUUCAAAUCAGAACUCACCACACUGACGCGUUAGUGGAYGGMRAAGCAGAAAUCACCCUUAUACGACGGRAUUUCGCAACGGUCACGGGGUGCACGGUAAACAAGGAAGUAGCARGGAGUAUCCGGGGAGCAGGUGGCGAAAUUCCUUUCACAGGGUAUGUCACCAAAUGUGCAGUCAGGGCGGGAAUCCGGGAAUCCAUCUGGUCCUUUCAGCAGAUGACCGUGAUGAAAGAAAUGGAUCACGACGUAAUCCUCGGGAGACCAUGGUGCGCCAAUGUGGAAAUGAUAGGAAUGCAUCUGCACGACAACACAUACAUGGUAGACAUAGAGGAUCCGGUGACUGAGCACGAAGAACUCCUCCGACUCCUCGGAACUGGAGGGGACCCUCCGAAGGGCAAAUUCGCAACCUGGUCGCCAACAUACGAAGAAAGUGCACGGAAGGGGGCAUUCACACGAAUGGAAGGAAUGAGGGAAAGGGUAGAAAUUAUGAUUGAGGAGACUUUUAGCAAAAACGAGUGGAUCAAGAUGGGCUUGCCUGUAAAGAAGAGGAGGCCAGAGAACGAGUCCCUGGAAGUUAUGGUGGCAGAAAAAGAGUCGGAAGCCAAGCUGGUCUCGAUCCUAGUAGAAACGUCAAAGGAAGAGGCCAUGGAGAAGGAGGAGGAAAUCUUGCGGGUAAUAAGGGAGAGGCGAGCAACGGAAGGGCAUCGCAUACCAGAUGAGGUAGUAGACACCAUGAAAAUAGGAGUGGAAGGGUUUCUAACAACGGAAGAAACUCAAUUGAUAAGAAAGGUAUGCCAGGAGUUUCAUUUAGCUUUCGCUUUCAACGAUCAUCAGAAAGGGCGAUUGGACCCUGUCAAGAUCCACACCGUACAGCACGAGUGUUGGAAUGAUAAAGGGUCCGCCUAUGAGUUUGGGAUAGCAGUGGAGGUCACCGACCUGCUUAGAGCCAAAAUAGAUUCUUUCAUAACUGAACCCACCGCAUCUCCCUACGCGAACAAGUGGUUCGUGUUCAGGAAGCCCAAUAAGACGCUCAGGUGGAUCCAGGACCUGCAGAAGCUCAAUGUGGUAACAAUCAGGGACGCAGGCUCGCUUCCACAGACCGACUUGUUGGCAAAAUCUCAUGCGGGGCGGAGUAUUUACUACCUGGUAAACUUGUACUCAGGAUAUGAUCAGUUGCCGCUCGACACGAGGGAUAGACCGUAUACCGCAAUGCACACCCCGGUAGGACAGCUGCAGAUGCAAGUGACCGCUAUGGGCUUCACAAAUGCGGUAGCCGAAGCUCAGAGGAGGAUGCUAGCCGGCGCAGGGGAUAUGUUUCCGGAAAAGUGUGAACCUUACAUAGAUGAUAAUCCCGUGAAAGGCGCAAGAUACAAAGAUGAGAUGGAAGUGCAACCGGGAGUGCGAAAGUUCGUCUGGGACCACUUGCAGGAUAUUAAGGACUUACUCGAGCGAUUCCUAAUCUACAACAUUACUGCAAGCGGACCCAAGAGCAUCCUGACCGUCCCGGAAGUAACCAUACUGGGAUUUCGCUGUGGAGUCUAUGGGAGGAAACCUGAUCCAGCAAAGACUGAUAAGAUCUCUCAGUGGCCGACACCCCUGCGUACCACGACGGAAGUACGAGCCUUCCUAGGGGUGGUUGGGUUCUGGAGGAUCUUCAUCAAAUGUUUCGCAAAGAUAGCAGAACCCAUCCGCGCGAUGAUUAGGGAAAGUGGCACUAUGGAUUGGACCGAGGAUAGGGAAGAGGCAGCCCAGACCCUGAAAGACAUCCUGUCAUCCAAUCAGGUCAUGUUAGCGGUACCCUGUUUCAAUGACGAGGUAGGACGACCCUUCAUCUUAGAAACAAACGGAGGACCAUUGGCAGUGGGAGGAGUAUUGAUACAGAGAAGCGAGGGGGACAAAGAAAGACCAAUCAGAUUUGAAAGUAGGACCCUGAAUUCAGCAGAACGACAGUAUUCGCAGUUCAAGAAGGAGGUCUUAGCAAUCCUGCAUUGUCUUAAGACCUUCCAGGCAUACCUAUUUGGGAGGCGAUUUAUCCUAAGGAUCGACCCCACCAACGUUGCCGGAGCCCUAAAGAACUACAAGCCCAUAGAGCCGACUGUUGGCAGAUGGAUAGGCUUCAUAUGACAAUUCGACUAUAAGGUCGAGCGAAUCGCAGUGCUUCGAAAUAGGGCAGAUGGGCUGAGCAGGGUUUGUAUCACGCCAGAAGGAGUAGAGGACGCAGAACCAAUUGACGUCUUCCCGGAGUACGAAGGAGGGACCCUUGUCGUGGAUAAUGAGAUGGCAGAUCCGGCAAUUACAACAGGACAGUUGCUGAUUCAGACCUUGGAAAAGGGCGCACCUGCAGUAGUUGCAGAACUCAGGGAAGGACCAGUCACCACGGUUGGGCGUAAAGAGGAAAAAGACUCGUGGGGAGCAGAAGUAGGGGCCAGAGAGGAAUUGAUGGCAAUGAUCGUGGAAGGGGGACGGGACGUCGUGAUGAUAUUGGCCGAAACCUGGGCGCAGAAGGAGUGUCAGUACCUAGUCAACCUCACUCGGGAGGAGCAGGUGCGGAUCAGAACGAACAAGAAUUCUUCCUCAUACAAAUGUAUGAGAGCGUUUUCAAAGAAAUUGGUUUGUUGCUUGUAGGGAACAAACAACCCACGGAAGU